AUGGAUAUAUCGAGACUGCUUUCGUGCAACGCGGAAACGAUGAGGUCGACAGCCGUCCCGAGCGGACGUCUCCACUGCGCACUCUCGCCGUUGUCCCCUCGAGACAACCGGCCCCCCGCUGCUACCGCCCGCCGCCCGCACCGCCACUGCGCUCCCUUCGUGAGCCGGUUGGCGAUCGCUAUCGGGUCGCAUAGGUGCCACGCCCUGCUACGAUUUGGGAUAACGGCUGAAGCUUUUUUACGUUGCUUUCAGACGAUCCCGCCGUCGCUGUCUGCUGUCCGCCGCUCGCCGCUAGCCGCUCGCCGGAAGCCGCUAAGCCGCUCACCGCCACACGCCGCCGCCGCUGCGCUCCCUUCGCGAGGCAGACUGCGGCCACUUCGCUUCGUUUUAUGCUCGCGGGUUUACCUGCGGUCUCUCCGACGGCCACCUAACGGUGCCAAACGGUUGUCGGGAGGCUAA